GGACGGCAUGGCUACUUGAUCCUGGGACUUUGGAUCCCUUUCCAAGAAGAUCAUGGAACUCGGUAUAAAUCUGUUUAAGAUAUUCAUUUAAUUCAAUUAAUACAAUUAAUAGAAUUCCUUCCUUUAACACGCGUUCACUGUCUGUGAUUCACAUGUGAUUUAUUGGACGCAGAAACUACUAUUAUAUGUGAUUCAAAUACAUACUUCUAUGCAACUAUAGUGCGUUAAGUGAACGCCUAAUUUCGGUAAAUUAAAAGUUUAUUGGACCUGUGGAAACAAUACAAUAUCUUCGAAUAGUUUCAUAUAAAUUCAUAAAAAUGUUACUGUUUUCCAAUGGACUUCUAUUGAAUAGAUUUCUGAUGGACUUCUAAUGCAAUACUAUUGUAUAAAGGGCCAUUAGACCUGGACAGUGAACACGUUAAGAUCUCUUUUAGGUAUAAGUUACAGUUCAACCUGUAAAUCUUACCCUCCAUCGUUGUACUUUGGGCUGCCCUUAACAACCGCCACGGAGGACAUCAGCAGAAUGAUCAGGUCCCAAGCGUUUAACACCAUCUGCAAAAGAAUAGGACCCAUUUGAAAUCAAAUCGCGUUUAAGGAAGUAAUUACCUACGAACAUCGUAACAAAUUAUCGAUUUUCGGAUCUCUAUAUUCGGCAUUCUGGCAAUUUUUCAAUAGAAGCUAGCAUAUGGAUCAAGUAUAUUUUUGAAUUCUUAAAAAAACUAUUGUACAUCACCAAAAAGUAAUUAAAUAAGCUACGAAAAAGAACUGAAAGCGUUAGUGGAACCGCUAUUGCAAACUAAAAGUUCAUGAAAAUCGAUCAAUUUUUGCGACGUUCGUAAGCGAAGAUUGAAAACAGUUAUGACACCAGUUGAGCUUUUCGAUAGUGGACCAUACCAUUUCGAUAGAUGGAACGCGGAAAAUAGAAAAAACUUGGCGGACGCGUCGCUUUCGGGGAAACUGAACGACGUCGAGACGGCUCCUGGAAUAUAUAGCCCGUUCAACCCGUUGCUUCGGGUCGUCACGAGACGACGAGCCACAGGUAUAAUUGGACCCGACGGUUUCGCUUUCGUUGCUAGAUUUUCAUGGGACGUUAUCACGGUGCGUGACUCCCGGAGAAGCAGGUGGACGUCCAUUGUCGCGGCAUUGUUGUGCCGCGUGCCUACAGCUCGAACUAAUUCAUCUUUCGCAAGAGUGAUAACGAGGCCAUUAACACUGGUACUACCGAGAAGCCGAAUGAACUCUUUUCGAAUUUUUGUACAGAAACUUCAACGAUAAGAGCGCGUCAAUUGAAGUUUCAACUGAUUUCUAAUUCGGUUCGGGUACCGCUAAAUCAAUUUCUUUGGUAGUAUUUCAGGGAAUCUGUUGCCUUUAUAUAUAAAAUAAUUACAAAAGAGAAAUGAUUAUUGUUGUUGAAAAUUAUUCGUGACGUUAAAAAGAGGAAUGUGUAAUUGUGAGAAAGAGGAGAUCAUGAAUCGGUCGUUUUGUAAAGCAUGUGUUAAAAACUGAAGCUCGAUCUUACGAGCAAUUGAACGAGUUGGAAAGGGAAUGGUCGUGUUCUUCUUCAUGAUAAAAUGGAGGAACACGGUUCUUGCGAAACUAGAGUACGCUUCUCGCCCUCCCCGCGUUCGCCUGGUUCCGAGACGAGAAAUUCGUUCUGCAGGUUACCCCGGAAAAUUCACGAAAGUCGAGCCUCGUGUGCGUGCACUAACAAACUUCUCGUAUGAAUGCGCACGUAUGAUGAAAAAACGCUCGCGGUGAACCCAUUCGUGAAGCACACCUACCAUAGAAUAUAAAUAAAUAACGAAUACAAAAGAUUCGUUUGCAAACGGUAAAUAUCUGAAUAGCAAUAUAUGUAUAUGGGUUUCCAUUUUUCGAUUAAAAUGAAAGUUCAAUCUUGUAGGUUCGUAGUUUCCUUAUCGAAAUUCUUUGAGUAACAAAUUUUCGAUCUUCUAUUAAGAGUAGAAGUUAAUUAGUCUUUUAUAACUAUUUAUAUAUCUAAUUAUAACAUCUUAAAACGUAUUUUUAACGCUGGACUUAGAAAUGUUAAAACUUAGAGAUCUAGAAAUAAACAAUGAAAAUUUCUGUAAUUACGUCAAUCAGAGUCCACGUAAACAUUUAUCAAACGAUUGUUGCACUAUUUAUAAUAUUAUAUUGCUCUGUAUUUAUUCUAUGUUGCUAGAUAAAUUGAUGUUCGUACAUUUAAAUGUUAGAAAUUGAAGAUUCAAAAAUAAAGAAUUAAGCCACCUAUUUAUAUAAUUGCAUCAAUUCAAAUGGACGUUAAACUUUACCAAAUGUUUGUAAAAUUUGAUAUACUGUAACCCUUUCGCAGGGUUGAGCUUACGGAAGUUUCAAGGAAACCACUAGAAUGCGAACAGAACGAUUCCCCUUCCGGUGAAAAUGGCGAACGCACGCAAUUACGAAACGGCGGAGUACCGUCCGUGCGUCCGUUCGUUUGUCCACGGAUUCGCGAAAUUUUCAGCCGUGACGGUGACCGGCGUAACGAAGCCGGCAAUGCGACAGUAAUUUAUCCAGAAAUCGCUUUUAGGUUCGUUAAUUCGGCUGGCAGCAAUUUCCUGGGUGUCGAGGGUAGGCCGGCUCUUCUACAAAAACUGCUGACAGGAUCAAGGAUUCGGCAAACGCGGCUCCGUCCUCGUCCGCAAUCGAUCACCGGACCAUCACGAAAACCGUGGACAAUUCUUUAAAUUUCGUGUUUUAGAUUGGACAUUUCGGUAGCUGCAAUGAACAACUCGACGAUAGGCAUCGUAUUUGUGCUUUGCGCUGUUUUGUGUAUCUCUGAAGCGAUGGAACCUAACAUUGACGGAGGGACGAAGAUGUCUAGAGCACAGAACAAAAUCUACAAUCAUCAUCCAAGUGGAGGACUGGUCUCCUUCAAUUCAGAGGACGAGAAAAUCCAUCUUGAUUGGUCGGUGAACAUUCCAUUUAUCUCCAUACCGCUCGAUCAAAAAAUAGGAGAUCACAGUCAUGUACCAUCACUGUUAAACGUGAAUACGAAGGCUCUAGGUAUGGUCGGUCUCCUGACGACUCUGCUCAGCGUGGUUCCGUCAUUGUUUACUAAGACUAAGCCUCAUACGAACUAUCGUUCGGUGGACGAUUCUCAGUGGCAAGAAUUCGGUAACGCGAUCAACGGUAUGAUCUUCAACAACGAGUACGUGACGCCGUGUAUACAACGCGUGGUCUGCACAAUCGUCUCAAUGGCAGCGCACUCGGACAGCCCGACCAGCACCGAUAAAAUCAUUGAUGGUUUAUCCAGCCACAAGUGGUUCAAAGAUGUCACAAACGGUACAAUGAUUGAAGACGCCGUGGACACGGGACGAAUGGGUGGCCACGAUUGCGCGCGUGUAUACAGAAGCUGCGUUAUCACACCAACACUUCUGAGGACUGUCAUGAACGAGUUUGGUAUAGCGUGACGGAUUCAAUGUUAACGUACGUCUUAUCUAUGCUUGUACAGAUUCGAAAGAUACUAUAUAUUUUUUCUACAAAAUUUGAAUGUGUAUUUCCCUUGACCAGCAAAUUACAAUUCACGGAAAUGUGUUUUCAU